AUGUUAAUUAGACGAACUUUGACCGGAGGCUUUUCAGUAUUCCAAGGAUGCACGAUUUUUGCUAAUGCGGUCGGUGUCGGCCUUUCUAUCGCUAUACUGAGCACUGGCUACCAUCAAAGCUGCUUCAGCACAGCUGCGCUUAUAGUCUUGACUUGUGGAAUGUCUGCUUUGGCAGGAGCACAGCUUAUUCACAGUUUUAGAAAGCUGGCGGGGCUAGGCUGGUUAGUGUUGCUACUUCAGCUCUUAAGCUUGGGGUCUGCUAUCGCAUAUGUGAAAAUCCUGCUGGAAAAGCUACCGACAUCGUCGUUGUCAUCCGUGGAAAUGCAUUUGGCUGUAGCUCAUAUCAGCGUGCUUCUGGCUGCGAUGCUGGCAAACAGUUUGGCAGUGGACCUUGACUUUGGGUCUGCGGGUUCCAACAAGCAUAUCUCCAAUGACUUGGAGAAUGGCCCUGACGAAUCUAGAGAUGAAGAGCUCGACUCUAAUCAUCUAGAAAUUUCCGGACAAAGCCAAGGCAAACAGAAAACGGUGUCCAUGAAAAAUUCAGCCCAAACGUUAACGCCAGAUCUCGAAAAUGCAGCAGCAAUGAUAGCUCAGCAGAACUGGAUGAACAACUACCCUUCGACGUAUUCUAGCUCGGAGAAUACCUCAACACAUUCUGUUGUUAAACAUGCGGUGGAGUUACAAGCUUCACAGAUGCAUGAUGCUACGAGCACUGUUGACGUCCCAUCCGCUAGUGGAUCCAUCAAGACGCCAAAAAAAUCCAAAAUGGAUGUGUUCUCGUUGAUGCGGUCCAAAAGUAAGUUAUUCAAAAGCCCCAAGGUGUCAGAACCCCUUGAAGAAAACAAGCUUCGCUACGUAACGAGGCUUUCCACAAUUCACGAUAGUUCCAAGAGUUUAAUAAAUGUUGCUCUAAACUCUCAAAAUUUCGAUGCAAGCUCCAAAAGCGUCCACUCCAGCUACCUCUUCGCCGACACGCAGAAACGACCUCAAUUAGACGAAGCUGCCCUAUCCAUGGAAAAACUUGCAAUCAAUCGAAUUAACAAUGCGCUUUUACCACCUUCCUUGCAGGGUUACGAACAAAACCGCUCGACGGCGAUCGAACUAGGCUACGAAAAGACGCCAACGACGCAGAUCGCACCAAAGGCGUAUGACUUAACACCACCUUCAAGCUCAACAGAAGACGACAUCGUGGACGUCUUAGGAGAAAAUGAUCUCGAAGACAUUCCAAAAAUCCCCGAUCAAUACCUCCAAACAGAUAGACCUCAGACGUACCACCAAUCAGCGGCUUUGCUUCACAGUGUGAGCUUGCCUGAGUGGCAAUUAAAUCGAUCUAAGCUAAUGCACAAUGAAAGAUUGAUAGGCCAAAACACUCUCGAACUCGGUCCUAGUCUUGAACUCAAAGCCUCGACUUCUGAUAAGCUACUGGCAAGUCAAGGGUUCAGCUUUCCCCAAGUUAAGCCAAAGCUAAGUUUUGAAGAUUUUUAUGAGCGAGAAAGCGGUGACGCGGUAAGUGAGCUCGAUGUUUUUUUAAAGAAUGAAGAUUUCGAAGGAGACAAAAGUGACACCAAAGCUCAGAUGAUGAGUGACGUUCUGAGACAAGAAGAUCUUAUGAUAAGUCCAAAAAGACUUUCUAAAAUUUCCAAUUUUAAUGCAGGACCGCACUCUCCUACUAAAUCGGUGACGUCUAUGUUUUCGAACUCAGCCUCGGGAAGUAUGAAAAACCCACUGAAAUUUGGCUCUGUGUUUACGAAUGCUGGUAAUUCUAACAUACCCAACCAACCUUCUCACUCGCGUUCCAGCUCCCAGGUGACGUCAUGUUUACAUUCGACAAGCAACCUGAACACUAUCAAUUAUUCCACACAAUCUUCCCCAACUAAGAGCGGAAGGCUUCGACGAAUGAGCAAGAAAAUGUCCUUGUCCAACAUAUCCUUUAGGCACGAAAACGAGGACAACGUAUAUGGUCAUGAAAGGAACAAUAGCGUCGAUUUCAGCUACUUGUACACCUUACAAAACAAACAUUCUCCGUCGAAGUCUUUAUCGUCGAUAUCACGGCGUAACAGUACCAUUCUACAAGGUGACCGUACGCUUCGGACCGCCAGUGCACUGUUCGAGAGUAAAAAUGAACAGGGCAUGGAAAAUGUCAACAUUUCUCUGAUACCAACACUCGAACAGUGCGAUAAUCGCGAACAGAAAGCAGACGACCAAGAGAGUGCACUAAGCUCUUCGUCGAGAAGAAGCGAUACCCAUUACCCGCGAGCAGUGAUCGGUGAGUAUGACCGUGAAAAAUGGACGACCCUUCAAAACUUGUCGUUGAUCGAUGAGCCUUAA